CGGACGUAAUUACCUUUCCUGAAUCUCACACUGUUUUAAAUAACUCUUGUGUUGUUGUCAAUGUUAGAAUGACUUCAAACAGAGACAGAUCUCCACCAGGUGGCGGGCAUGUGUUGCCCACAUCGUCAUCCAGUAACUAUAAACCAGUUCGCAGACAGAACGCUAACAUUGUAUAUAGGACAUGGAUGUGUCUCAUGCAUAUCACAGCUUCUUAUUUCUUUUACUUUUGUUCUGCAUUGGUGGAGAAGCAGCCAUUACUAUUGAAGUCAGUCCUGCCUCGAACUCAACCCAAGUAACAUGUUACUUCAUCAAAGACAAGACUAGUGAAAUUGUCCAUCUUUACUCCAUGAAUCUGGCUAAGUCAAACAAUAAUAACACGUUUGAUAAUAUCGCUAAGAUUUCAUUAUUGUCCAAACCACAGUCUCUAUUAAAUACCGAUGAUAGCUUUCAAGUAGAUGGACUGGUAGACGGCGCAGGUACGAAUUAUCUUCAAUUGAUUUCAACCUCUUUCACUUUGAAAUCUGCCAAAAUUUUUCAAUGUGCAAUCUCUGGAUUUGAUGAGUCUGAGAAUUUCUUGAAAGAAACUGAAACAGUAGAGACCAGCGCUGUAACACCCAGUGUCUCGGGUAUACUAGAGAAACAUAACCAACUGUCGAUUAGAUUAAACAAGUUAGAGAAAAGAGAAUCAGAGUUUGAAAGUGAGAUGUAUAACCUUCAUAAAGAGAAUCAGAAGAGAGUUGAAACUUUGAUAGAAUCGGAAUUAAGAUCAUCUUUGACGGGAUUUAUGAGCGAAUUAACAGCGCAACUCGAUCAGAAGAUUUCAGACUUGAAAGAAUAUUGCCACCCGGAGAAGACCGAUCAACCAGUAGAGCUCAAUCUCAACGCAACGGAACUUGUUACGUUCCUCUAUGGCUUUAGCUAUAAAAGAAGCAGGUAUUACUUAUCUCAAGCAGACGUGACUAAAGUGGCCACGGCUGAAACGGACUGUGCUCAAUACGGUGGCUAUAAUGUCGAAAUAAACAGCCUGGAUGAAUAUAAUGUCAUUGUCUCCACCCUAAAGCUCAAAGCUAAAUUCUCCGGGACCAUAAUCGGGCUGACUGACGAAGGAAACGAAGGCGAUUGGUACUAUCCGUCAAGUAAAAAACAGGCCACCAUUUUGUUGUGGAACGCAGGUGAAGCGAAUUAUGACACAAUUGAAAAUUGUGCGGUUCUGUGGCAGCCAUUUAAUUAUAAAAUGGUGGACAUCAAAUGUAGUGACCAUUAUGGGUAUUCGUUCCAUUUCAUGUGUGAGAUACCGUUCAACUAAAAAUCAGAGAAAUAUUCCUGGCAAACUUUCUGAAGAUACAACUUCUAUGAUACAGAAAACAAAAGUUACUGUUUCCAAAUAAAAAAAAUAUUUUUCAUGGUGUGAAAUACAAACUGUUAACCAUUUCUGUUGAUAAUUGUCCUUCUUAUUCUAAAGAUUUGAUUUUAACUGACCGAUUUAUUACUUUUU